UCUUAAAUGAUAGUUUUUCAUUUACUUCAAUGAAGGUAAUUAGUCAUUUUCUGUUUCUUGUCCAGAUUGCUUGCAGUGUAACGUUUGUAACCAGGAGAGGAGAUCCACUCUGGACCAGGAGGAGUUAGAACCUCUGCAGGUGAAGCAAGAACAGGAAGAACCAGAAGAUCAUCAGAUAAAACAAGAGCAGGAGGAUCUAGAACAUCAGCAGAUAAAAGUGGAAGAGAAAGAAGUUUACUGCAGUCAGAGUGAAGAACAGGUUGAGUUAAAACAGGAGACUGAUACCUGCAUGGUAGUUCCUGUUGAUGAACAAACAUCUCACACUGAAUCGGAACCAAACAUGAACCAAGUCAUCUUCCAAGAAGCUGCUGAAGCUGAGAACCAAAAUCAGAAAAGAAAACCUUUCUCAUGUGCCAUCUGUGAAAAACGUUUUGCUUUCAGAUCUGCUUUUGAGGCUCACAUGAGAACUCAUAUGGGUGAAAAGCCGUUUUCAUGUGUGACCUGUGGAAAACGUUUUUGUGAAAAACCGAAUUUAACUAACCACAUGAGGAUUCACACAGGUGAAAAGCCCUUUUCAUGUGUGACCUGUGGAAAAAAUUUUAAUAUGAACCAAAAUUUAAUUAGGCACAAGAGGAUUCACACUGGAGAAAUGCCGUUCUCAUGUGUGACGUGUGGAAAAGGUUUUUGUCAAAAACCGAAUUUUACUCGGCACAUGAAUAUUCACAACGGUGAAAAGCCAUUUUUAUGUGUGACCUGUGGAAAAUGUUUCAAUCUAAAACGACUUUUAACUAAGCACAUGAUUAUUCACACUGGUGAAAAGCUGUUUGAAUGUGUGACCUGUGGAAAAAGUUUUUCUGAAAAACAUAAUUUAACUAGGCAUAUGAUGACUCAUACUGGUGAAAAGCCGUGUUCAUGUGUGACUUGUGGAAAAAGUUUUAGUCUCAAACCGAACUUAACUCGGCACAUGAGGAUUCACACUGGUGAAAAGCUGUUUUCAUGUGUGACCUGUGGGAAAGGUUUUGGUCACAAACAACAUUUGACUCGACACAUGAUGAUUCACACAGGUGAAAAGCCGUAGAAGUGUUCACCAGGUGUGUCCCAUGUUGAGUUUCACAAUAAAAUUGAUUUGGUUAAAAACUAGAACAGGGCUGAAAUGAUUCCUCGAGUUAUUCGAGAACCUUGAUUAUUAAAAUUCCUCAAGGAAAAUUAAUGUGCAUCAAAGCUUCACAAAGUUAUAUUUUAUUUAAUGCACCAUGUUCCGGACGGGUUUUUACUUGCGUUAUGUGGAGCUCUCACUUCCGCCUGAGUUGUUGACAAAAGCCAAGUGUUGGUGUUUGGGGGGAGUAAUGACAAUUCUAAGGGCCCUUGACCACAGAGCCACAGAAUCUCACAAAAUAAUAGUAUUUUUUUUUACAGAAAUAUAAAAAAAUCAGGGCCUUGUCAAUUACUGUUAUUGUGUUUUUACUAUUAUUAUUAGCAAUAAAAAUUUAAUGUUACCCCUUCCAGAACAAAAAGCACACAUCCAUAUUGACACUGAACUCCCCCCGAAUCUGCGUUAAAUGGGUCGUUGCUGAUUAGCGCACUUGACGCUAAGCUGUUUUCAGCAGUCAGUAGAAGACAAGAACGACUGUGGCAGUUACUAUGCUAGGUUUGUCUUKUAAGCAAAAUAAUAUCGAAAUUGACGCUUUCAUUUGUUUAAAAUUAUAUUAAUCAGUCUAACUACCUAUUUAAUAAAAUCCAUUCGUUCUUUACAGUAAAUGCAAAAUUCACCACACUAAUUUAUGGAUUGAUUGUACAAAGUGUGUGUGAUUGUCUUCAAUAAUUUGCCGUUUCUCUCAAGUUAGUUGUAAUAAUAUUUUGGUCUUUCCUGCUGAGCGGUCUUCUGUGAAAGAUUGUCUUUUUUAURUUKAAAUGGCUUAUGUGUAUUUAGAUCUAAAAGUUAUACUAAUGUCUUAGAAGCUAAUUAAAUGUAAUGUUUCAUUUAGGAA